AUGGCUACCAUCUCCAAUGCAGAUAAAAAUGAGAAUCAAUCACCCAUCAGCCCUCCAACACCAUCUUCGUUUGCAUUAAACAACUACUCCUUGUUUGAUUGGCCUUGCUCUUCUGCCACCGACUGGCUCUCUAUCAACAGCAAUGCCAACACAAACCCAAUAUUACGUAAGCACUCUGUUCAGGUGGAUGGCCAUGACUUUCCUGGCAAUGUUACAGCACCAACCGACUAUUGGCGAAGAUCAUCCAUACCCAAUAUCAUGAGUACAUGCGCCCUGUGCUUCGAUGCUCCAUCACAACUGUACAACCUCUCAUGUGGCCAACACCAGUUCUGUCAUACAUGUUUAAACAACAACACACAGUCCAUGAUACAAGGAACAUGUCCGUUUUGCGCACAGAGAAACUUCAAUGCAGCAAGUAGAGCAUCUCCACCGUCAGCACCAACAAACGCCACUGCCUAUUCCAGCAACGACUAUUUAUUCAAUACCACCUAUUCGCAAGCAAGCAACACGGCAUAUUAUCCCUGUGUUAAAUUGACCAACAUCCCUUGGGAUGUCUCUCAAAACGAUGUCCGUCAUUUCUUUGGAAAUUGUCGCAUUCCUCCUUCUUCUACAUGCUCUCAAUCCAUCCACAUCAUGAUGGACCGCACUACUGGAAAGACAUUAUCAGAUGCCUAUGUCGAGUUCGCAACUGUGUUUGAUCUGCGUCGAGCUAUCGAGACCAAAAAUCAAAAGCCUCUGAAGGGUAGAAUUGUGUCUGUUACUGAAUGCUGCCAAGAAGAGUUGCUCAAGGUUGUGUUUCCAAAGUGGAGGGGCCAGUUUCAGGGCAUCUCGGCUAUUCCUCCUCCAAAUGAGGUCCUCAGAACCAUGACAACAGCCGCUGGUGGAGGAAGCAGCUCUGGCUGUCCGCCUUUCAUCACCCGUGAAGAAAUCAAUUCACUGCUAGUCGUCUGCAAAAACUACAAGUUACAUUUCUCGAGAAAAUGCGCUGAAAGGCCAUUUGAAAAUAUCAUUAGUGUCAUUGCAAAGUAUCCCUGGCAUCAAUUUCAUCUCAUCUCGACUAUGCAUAGAGAUCACAUUUACGAAAUGCUCAAACUAGCCAUUGAAUCUCUCAAGACGCAUUUGGCAAAAGACUAUGUUCAGAUUGACAGCACCCUACUGGAACGACUGGUGCGCGCAGGCAUCAUGUGUCCUGCUUUCACAGAGCGUCAGAAAACAACCUUACUACAAGCUUCUCGCAUGGAGUGUCCACAAGAUAUCGUUGGAUUUCUAGUUUCCAACAGUGCGCCCAUUGGCACAGCUGUCGGUGUCGCUGCAACAGGCAGCAUCAUGCCUGCUCCUCCUGGCUUUAUAACCGCUCAUGCAGCAUCUCAGUCAUCGCAAAAGCAACAAUUUGCUGUUCACCCUUGGAAGGUCAUGAGCGACGAGGAUGAUUUACUAUUCACAUCGGCUGACAUCUCACCCAUAUCCUCCAUCAUCCAAGACAUUCAAAAAAGCUGCACUCUAGAUGACGCUACCUCACGUAGCAAGCAAUCGCCUUCUCCGUCUCAUCCAUUAUCCAACAACGGUAUUCCCUUAUUACUGCAACCUAUACCCAACCAGCUUGAGCAAUCACAGCGUUCAUCUAAUAGCAUAAAGAACCUGUCCCCAUGGGCACCUGCUUUCAAAUCAAAAUCACCUUCUGAUAUUUGGAGAAUGACAUUACCUGUCGAAUCUUCAAAGAGUUUAUUGACCGCCUAA